GAAAAAUUUAGACAAUCCCUAAUUUGACAAAUUUGUUAUUUGCCUCUGACCUCCUCCUCCACCAGCUCUUUGUGUCUUCUUUCCUUUCCCUGAAGAUCAGAUUGGCUAGGGUUUUAUCCCUUUCCCAAAAUCAAAACUCUCGAUUCUAGCCAAUUUGUGCGAGUAAUUGACCUCAUCGUUUCGUCCUUUUGUGAUGCUUGGGGUGAGAUAUGAUCCUCUCCAUCUCUGGUGAUUACUACUGGUUUCUAUAUAAUCCUUAAACAAGAAUGUUACCCGUGAGAGAAGGUCUUCAGAAACAGGUUAAGAUUCUGAUUGGAUUAGGGUUUGGGGGUUACCGGGGUUUCCACUCUAGAUUCGCUAGCCCUAACGGCUUUCUCGAGCCCGCGAGCUCCGAUUUGCUUCUGAGCAACGAAAGGAGGAACCUUUCUGUCCUCGGCGCUCUCUCUCGAACUUUCUCCGUUCCUUCUGUCUCCGGUCCGGCGUUUCAGGUCUGUGGCUAUCACAUUGAUCUUUUGCUCUCGGACGCGAGUUUGAGGUCGGUGGGUGAAUCAAUGGCGAGUCUUGGUGGUUCAAAGUCCUUGUUUUUAGAUCCCUUGGUUUCUGGUGUGACGGUGUGUGGAGAUGGUCAUAGCCGUGGAAGAGUCAGUAUGAGACUCAGAGGAAGAGACCACGGGGAUAAUAACAACUCUACGGUCUACGGCUACUUUGCUUACCGAGCUGCUAAGAAAUGGAUUGCUUUCAAUCCUAAAACUGGAGGGUUAGGGUUUAGAGGCUUGCACAGCUCACUGUUGAGCCGCUUUUCAGCUGGGAAUGCGCCUGAUGUCUCGUUUGAUAGCUCUCCCGCCGAGGAGCAGGUUAAAGGUUCUUCUUCGGAUUCUGUAGCGGAUAAGCUUUGUGUUAAGCCGUUGAAGCUCGUCUCCGGGUCUUGCUACCUACCGCAUCCUGAUAAAGAGGCGACGGGAGGAGAGGAUGCUCACUUUAUCUGCGCAGAGGAGCAAGCGUUGGGUGUUGCAGAUGGUGUGGGAGGUUGGGCGGAGCUUGGUAUCGAUGCGGGUUACUACUCUCGUGAGCUUAUGUCUAACUCUGUGAACGCAAUCCAAGACGAGCCUAAAGGAUCGAUUGAUCCUGCAAGAGUAUUGGAGAAGGCUCAUACUAGUACAAAGUCGCAAGGGUCUUCAACGGCUUGCAUCAUAGCGUUGACGGACCAGGGACUUAACGCGAUCAACCUAGGGGACAGCGGGUUCAUGGUGGUCCGUGAAGGGCAUACCGUUUUCCGCUCCCCCGUUCAACAGCAUGACUUCAACUUCACGUAUCAGCUGGAGAGUGGGAGUAACGGCGAUUUGCCAAGCUCGGGUCAGGUGUUCACGGUUGCUGUAGCUCCUGGAGACGUGAUAAUAGCUGGAACAGACGGAUUAUUCGACAAUUUGUACAACAACGAGAUCACAGCCAUAGUGGUUCAAGCGGUGAGAGCCGGAACAGAUCCUCAGGUGACAGCACAGAAGAUUGCAGCUUUGGCGAGGCAAAGAGCGCAGGACAAGAACAGACAGACUCCAUUCUCUACGGCAGCGCAAGAUGCUGGAUUCAGAUACUAUGGAGGUAAGCUUGAUGACAUUACAGUUGUAGUCUCUUAUGUGGCGGCUUCGAAAGAAGUAGGGAAAACAUUGAAAUGAAGAUACAAAUACAGAUGUUGUGUGAUGUGUUGAGUUUCUUAAGGUUUGUGUUUUGCAGAGAGACCUCUCUUGUUUUUGUUUGGUGGCUUGUGAGCAAGCCGGAUCAACUGAUUAUAUUUGAUUUUUUUGAUAUAUGUGUUGUAUAUGUAAAUAAAAGGAGAAAGAGAACUUGUGUUGGAUUAUGAA